UUACUCACUCACUCCCAUUCCAUCUAUAGCUCUCUCUCUUUCUCUUUCAACUCGAAAAUCUUUUCUUUCCUUUUCCUUUUUCUUUUUCUCUUAGCUGCUUAAUAUAGCAAUGUCUACCUCCAAAACCUUAGAUAAACCCUUAUAUGAACAAGUUAAAGUACAUGGUGGGUUUGCUCUUAUUCAAAGAAACACAUCUCCAACUCAAAGUGGAGAAAGAAGAGGCAGAUCGAGAAAGCAAGCAGAGCCUGGUAGGUUUCUUGGAGUUAGAAGAAGACCUUGGGGUAGAUAUGCUGCAGAAAUUAGAGACCCGACGACUAAAGAAAGGCAUUGGCUUGGAACUUUCGAUACAGCUCAAGAAGCAGCUCUUGCUUAUGAUAGGGCUGCUCUUAAUAUGAAAGGCACUCAAGCAAGAACUAACUUUGUUUACGCUGAUAAUGGUACUUUUCACUCUCUUCUUACUCCAUUUGAUGUUCAAGCUUUCUUGCCACCAUCACAGUUUCUCAGUGGCAUUCAAAGUAAUUAUAAGCAACAACCCGUUAACAAUGACAGCCCACCAAAGCUUGAGACUUGUCAGAAUUUUCAGAUACCCAAUAACCAAAUAAGUACUUCUGAUAAUCAGAUUUCAACUGAUCAAUCAACAUAUGAUACUAGUUUCUUCUUUUCCAAAGAUGAUACUAACUCGGGCUAUUUGGGUUGCAUUGUACCCGAUAAUUGCCUAAGGCCUCCACCCCCUUCUAAUAAUCCCACAAGUGCUACAAAUUCCAUAACUUACAAAUUCAAAGCUCCAAAUGAUCAAAACUUUGGCUCUAUCCAAAACCAACUACAUUGUAACAAUAAUAGUUAUGCAUUUCCUAUAAAUACUACAAGUGCACCAACUAAAGCACUUAACCCUGAGAAUUUUCCCUGCUUUGAAGAACUCAACAAUGGAUUCUGGGGAGAUCAACAGUCAUGGGAAUUUAACUCAAAUGAGUUAUCUGCAAUAAUCAAUAACCCAUUAAUGGCAGGAGAUGUGUGCAUGGAAGCUUUGUAUCCAAGCACCAAUAAUCAUACUAGUUAUAUUGGGUCAGUAAUGCCUCAGGCUAGUACUUCUUCCUCUUCUUCUUCUUCUUCAGUAUCUUGCACUCCAUCAUUUCCUCCUUAUGGCGAUACAAUUGAGUUUGGCUAUUCACUCUAUUGAUAAUUAAGUAGGGUUUUUUUAUUUUAUUUUAUUUUAUUUUAUGUUCUUUUUAAUAUUGAGAGAAAGGAGUCCAAUCCCGGUUUGUUAUGCAGUGAAAAAAAAAAUGCAAUAGAAUCACAAGAUUAUGCCUGCAUGUGCUGUUGGAUAACUAUUAGUCACACAUUAACAUGCACUAUUUUUGUCUCUCUUUCUUUUCCAAUGUAAUUACAAAGAAAGUUUCCAUGUGUGAGCAAGAAAGAGCUAUGGAAUCUGUAUCCCUAUUAUUAUAA